AUGUAUCGUGGUGGUAUUUGUCUAUCUCGUGCGCUUGUGUGUAUUUGUGAUUAUGAGAAUGGCAGUAAAAACAUGUUUUUCAUAAUUUGGGAUCCGCAAGAUGAAGAUGGUGAUGUUAAUGUCCCUCUCACUUCUCAAGCAUCGUUGUCGCGGUGUCCACCUUCGACUUCUCAGGAACUCAGUGGCAUGUCAUUAUCACCAGUAAUUGUGCCGUCUGUUUUACAGUCAUCUGACGAAAUAGUUGUUUUUAAAACGCUAGAACGAAUAGAAGAUGCUCUGUUAAAGCAUUGUUACUAUCCUAGGAAGGUAUCACAAACCACUGACGUACUUCUGCAGAAAAAUAUGAAGAAGUUGGAAAUGACCACGACGUUAUCCUCUAAAGUUCCACUGAAUUCUGUUCACUCUCAGGGUAGAUAUUUAAAUGACACCGUGCCAAAAAAUGAUAAGACACCAGGAAUUCUUCCUUAUGUCUCAAAGGCGAGGUAUCCUAACAUGAUGGAUGUUAACUUUCGACGACGACCUGGGAACAAAACAGUGAGUUCAAGUUGCCUUAUCGGCCUCGUCACCUUUGCUUUCAAACACGGGAAGUUAUUGGAAGAGUAUGCGCUUAUUUUCGAGAAUUUGCGAAAAGAUUUUCCGCGUAGUCUUGGCAAUAACAUCGCUGGCACUCCAUUCGAAAAUCCGGAUCGUAUGGCGUCUCAUGCCACAGGCUUCACUAUACCUACCAUCCGAAGAUGUGGAGAGCGCAUGGAAGCUGUGCCUUUAUGCACCUAUCGCCCUGGAUCGGUACCAACAGACGAAGAGCUCUCUAACUUGUCGGUAACAUUUUCGGACGAGCCAUGGUAUGCCAGUUCAAAGGGUCGGGCUCGACCAAUGCCAACAAUACGAAGAAGACCUAGAAAGCGAUCAUUACUGUCUUUAGUUAGCACAUCUGAAGCCGAGGACCCUGAUGACGAGAAAAUUGUUGACAACGUUGAUCUUGAAGAGCUUGAAGAAAAUGAGGAUGGCAUUCCCAUGCGGCGAAGAUCGCAGAGAAUUCGGAAUCAGCGAAGAGCCAAGCUACUUAUACGUCUAAAGGGGAAGAAUCACGAGCAGAAAUCAGCCAGUCUUUUGAAGAGUGAUAACGGAAAGAAAGGACAUGUCGGCGAAGAAGGCACAAAUUUGUAUAAAGGAAAUGUCGGCGAAGAAGUCACAACUUUGGAUACGACGUACUGUGGAGACUCGAUGAAACAACUCAGCAUUUGUACUAUGGAUGCCGACAGCGACAGGAAGGAUCGUCAUGCACCUACGAUUAAACGUUCAAGAAGUGCAACCAAAAUUCCUAUUUCUACCGCUACGAGCGUCAAGGAAAUAAGCUCGUUCACUCAAAUUCCAAUGUGCACUGAAGACACAACAGUAACAAUCGUCGAACGCACGGAUCGAACCGUGGUUGUAGAUCCGACACCUAAUGUCAUGUUGAACAGCAUCGUCGACAGUGGAGAAAUGAGUGUGAGACAUCCGGAAUUUGAAAACAGGGAGAUCACUCUAAAUCAAAAGUCUGUUGACGGAAAUACUAACAGUACACCGAUUGAGUCUUGUGGAAAUUUCGAUAUCUACGGUCAGCAGUUUCCAAAUGUUUACGAUCAUCAGGAUAUGUCCUGUGAGUGGAAUUCCGCUCAAAUCUUUGACCAUGUCAACACUUAUGGGCUAUAUUCGAUGGAUACAUCGUCUCCGUACCAAGAUGCUGAAAAGAGGCCAGAAAUCAAUGAGGAUAUGUUCGACCAUUUUGGUUUUCGAACCCAAUAUCCAACGUGGAACAAUUCCAUUAUCAAUGAUCCGAACAACAUCUAUACAGCACCUGUACUACAAGAAUCUUAUACAGGAAAUGACUAUUCCGUCGAGAAAUCGAAUAGUCUGAUGUAUUGUGCUCCUCAAUACUUUACUAGUAACGAGGUUUCUGGGCUUCCACCUCUGCGUGAUAGUUACGAGAUUCGUGGACUUCCAUUCGUGCAUGAUAGUAACGAGAUUCCGGGGCUUCCAACCGUACGUGAGAGUGACGGGAUUCCUGCACUUUCGUUCGUACCUGAUAGUAACGAGAUUCCUGGACUUCCAUCCGCCAACGAAACACUUAUGGAGGUCCGUACGUCCAAUGUCCCAAGAGAGCCAAUUGAGUGUUACAAAAAUGAAAUGUAUAAGAGAUAUGUGGUGGAAACGGCAAGCGAGAACAUCAAUGAAUCAGCUAGUGCUUCUUGCUCACAAUUUGAGCCGGUAGUUGUUCAGUCGAACGAUGAAUUUCGCGAAGACACUUUUGCAUUUGAAACACCUGUUGUGGAAGAGCGUUGUUCGUCGUCCUGCAAAAGGUCUCUGUCUAAUGUCGGCGAUUAUAUGUGUGAAUCGACCAAGACUAUAAUUGCACGAGCUCGUUUCUUUUUCCACAGAUUUUAUAAUCACCUUUUCUGGUAUGGAAAAAUUCCAACCGGAUCGCUUGACGAUCCUGACGAAGUGACAUCGCAGGCUACUGGUGUUAGUGUAGAAAUCGUUCGCGAAUGUACUGAUUUGCGGUAUCCGUCGUCGAUUAAAGGGAUUUCGAAAGCGAAUGAGUCUGUCAUAGAACGAGGAAAGCUUACAUGUGAUAGCCCCCUUCUGACUCCUAAUCAAAGCGUUGAGGUGACUUCCGACGAAGAGUCACUUGAUUCUACACAGGUGCCUUCCGAAGGUUGGACUCUUGAUUCUACGCAGAUGCGUUCGGAAGAAGGGACACUGGAUUCUGCGCUUGUGCCUUCCGAAGUACAUGAUUCUACAAAGAUGCCUUGGGAAGAAGGGAGACUUGGUUCUAUACAGGUGCCUUCCGAAGGUUGGACUCUUGAUUCUACGCAGAUGCGUUCGAAUGAAGAGACACUGGAUUCUGCGCUUGUGCUUUCCGAAGAAGGGUUACAUGAUUCUACAAAGAUGCCUUGGGAAGAAGGGACACUUGGUUCUACACAGGUGACUUCAGAAGAUGGGAUCCUCGAUUGUACACAAGUGCUUUUCGAAGAAGGGAUACAUGAUUCUACAAUGAUGCCUUCCAAAGUAAGGGCACUUGCACUUGAUUCUACACAGGUGACUUCCGAGGAUGGGACAGUUAAUUCUAUGCAGGACUUGAAUAUUGAUGAAGAAUGCAGUGAAGAAGUGCAGAAGGAAAAGAAUCUGGGGUUUGAGAGACGGUGGUCUUCGAGGAUUAAGAAUCAGCGCAAAGUGUACUAUGGAGAUAAACCACGUCGGAAGACAGUUAGUCAAGACCUUCCAGAUACUGGUCAUUCCGUUAAAAAUAAUGGUGAAGCUAAAAUCGAAAACAGUGGAAUUUGGGAAAGACGUCGUCGACUAUCAGAAAGAAAGAAGCGUCCGCGUCGAGCAUUCUCUCCAACCGAUGACCCGAGGUCAACGAAGGGGUUACUAUUGGUGGGGCCCGUCUGCAGAGGAUUGCGAUUUGUACGAGAGAAUCAAUCGGAUCAGUCAUCAUCGAAUUUGUUGGACAUUGUAAGUGUAGAAUUAGAAGACGGCGAUGGUGGGAGCGUUUGA